AUGACUGGCGAAGGGAACGAGGCAAAUCUUUUUGCAGUACCAGAGUUUUGGCCCAAGUCAAGAUGGCUCCGAGACCUUGCAACAGAUCCAAAAGCCGACUUCUUCUCGUUGCACAAAGAUGGUAUGCGCCUUGCCGACGCAAUUCCUGGAAAAAUCCUGCAAAAUACUUACCUCUCAGACGACUCAUAUGCGAAACUAAUCGGCUCUGUCACGCCAAUCAUUGCCGAGCCCAAUGCGCUCUUCAACGCGCCAGUGUUCGAUGCCUCGGAGCCGAUCGAGCAAGAACCACCAGUCGAGGAGCCGAACACGCCUAGCGAAUCAACGACUGAGUCUGUGCUCGAAUCAGAUACGUGGAUGGAUCUCGAUGAACCUGUUGCCGUACCGCCCAUGCACCGUACCUGGGAUGCAUUCGAAGCAGACACGACAGCACCGUAUCAGCCUCUUUUCAUGAGCGAAGCUGGGGCGUCCACCUAUGAUGCUUUGCUAGCAUGGCCUACAGAUCCUCUAAAUUUAAAGAACACAGACAUUCCAGUUGUGCAGACAAAGGCAUAUCUCUCCGCGCUGUUGUCGCUUGCUCUCGGCCAACAGUCCCUGCUCUUCAUCCGAAACCAUCCCGGAAAGACGUUCCGAUCAGCGUUGCCCAAAUUUCGAAUAUCCAGCUAUUCACACCAGAUUCUGGCCGGUGUCGAGGAAGAAUGCCUAAAGUGCGGUAUGCGCAUACUGGACUUGCGCUCAUUCAUCGAAAAAUCGUAUGCGGGUCAAGGCAGUCCAUGCCGAGUGGCGCUCGCGAGUGCCAUCAACCAGAUACUUCAGGUGAUACACAGAUAUGUCACCGUCGAUAAAGUGCAGCCUCGAUCGCUGCUUCAACUGCAAACGUCGAUAGCUUGUCUGGCGGCCAUAGUAAAGCCGCUGGUCAAGCUAAAAGCGCAGCUGCGAUCGGACAUGGGCGACCAUGACAUACUUUCAGUGGUGUUUCAUCACGCGUCUCUCGCAGACGCUGAUAGUCAACAUGUUCGCGACAUGAUGCGAGAAAUCUUGCAACGCGUGUCAGCACCCUGGAUCGAGUUCAUGGAGGAGUGGAUUGGGACCAAAGUUGAACAGGGCAUUCCACUGACUAAAUACGAUGUUGGUGCGAGGAAGUGGUUUGUCAAGGUUGAAUCGGAGAUAUACGUGGAUGACUUUGGACGGCAAGUCGAGAGCAUUGACUUUCGCCUAGAUCGUUCACGGAUGCCAUCAUUUCUACCUGAUGACAUUGCACAGUCGAUAUUCGAGACUGGCAAGAAUCUACGGUUCAUCAAGAGCCAUCACCCCGAACACAUACUAAACAAUGCUCAGUUUCCUCUUUCCCUAAAGCCGCCAGAGAUCAAAUGGUUAUUUGAUUGGAACACUAUCUCGCGUCUUGAACACCACAUUAAAGAAUUUAGAGAGAAGAUGCUAGUCGCAGUCAACGGUACUCACCUUGGAAGGGAUUCUCAAAUCAGGUUUUUGCCAGAUGCUUCUUCACAGAAGAUGGAGAAAUGCCAACUCACGUUCUUUGGCGUGGAUGAACAAGAACUGGAGAAGCGAAUCCAGGCAUCUAUACAUCGCUUACAAGAACCGCUAAAGGACGAAACGGCGCGCGACUCGCUUUCAACGAUUGUUGGCAGCCAACUUGCUCAGGGCUUCUCUAACAGCUCGGAAAGCGGUCUCACACCGCACUGGUCCUUACUCCCUCUGCUUUCAUUUGGAGGGAUGGUGUCGGCGCAGGCACGGGCUAUCAAUCAAGAGCAUAUGAGGCUCCUCUUCGUCAAGCAUGAUCUCCUCGGCCACCUCCGUCUCUACAGAGAGUUUCACAUGCUUGGAAGCGGACUAUUUUGUACUAGACUCUCGCAAGCACUGUUCAAUCCUGAUCUCGAGUCUGCGGAGAGACAGGCAGGUAUUGCUAGGCAGGGCGGAGUCAUGGGCCUCCGCCUUGGUGGACGCGACACUUGGCCGCCUGCCAGCUCGGAAUUGCGCCUGGCAUUGAUGGGCAUUCUAUCUGAUUCAUAUUUUGACGGACGGUCCAAGUCAUUAAGAAAGAUUGGUAGAGACGGCGACAAACUUCCUGGAGAUUUGAGCUUUGCGGUGCGGAAUCUCUCGGACGAAGAGAUUGAAAAGUGCAUGAACCCAGACUCGCUAGAGGCACUGGAUUUCCUGUGUCUGCAAUAUACUACACCACCGGCUUUGAGCAGUGUCAUUACCCCAGUCGUUUUAUUCCAGUACGACCGCGUUUUUCGGUUACUAUUACGCGUCUUGCGAAUGAUGUACGUUGUCGAUGAGCUAUUCCGCCAGACGCUUUGGACCAACCGACUUUACGGAUAUGAGCUUUCGGAUGACGAAUACCGCUUUGCUCGAGAGGCGCGGAAUUUUGUCUCCAGUGUAGCUGGUUACUUUCUUGAUACUGCCGUUUCCAUUCCUUGCCAGGCUUUUGAAAGUCGCCUCAAUCAGAUUCAGGCCGCCCUCGCGCUCUCCAGCAAUGACACUUUCACCAAACAGCCUCCAAGUCCGCUCCAACUCCAGCAGCUCCACAGCCACCUUUUGCACGCAAUUAUGAGUGGACUGUUUCUGCGCAAGAGACAAAAGCCGAUAUUGAAUCUCCUGGAAGACAUUUUCAACGGCAUUUUGGAAUACGCUAGAGCGGCCAAGGCGAGCGAGGCUACCGCAGUGCCGCAGAAGCAGACGGAAACAAAGCCUCCAUCAGAGCUAUAUCAUGAAUUCAAGCAAAAAUUGCAGCUGUUCAUCACCGUCUGUCGCAGCAUUUCAGAAAAGGCCAAAUCGGAGUCAAGGGACAAGUAUGGUGGUGAUGGACUAUUCACCUCGGCAGGAGUUGGCGAUGAAAGCAUUGUCGCUCACCUAUUGUCAAAGCUUGAUCUGGACAAUUACUAUGUCAAAUAG